AUGAGCCCGCCGUCAACGUCAUCGGCACAGGCGGCCCUCGCCAGCCGUGGGCUCCACGCCACCGCGAAACAUUUUCAGAUCCCCGUCCACCUCGAUUCCACCCCCACCAGCUAUAUCAACAACCACAACAAGAUUGAGAAGCCCGAGGACACCCCUUACUUCCUCGACAAUGAGUUCAAGGCCUCCCAGGCGACCGAGUUCAUCGAUCUCCAUGACCCUGCCACUAACAACCUCGUCACCCGAGUACCUCAGAUGACCGAUGCCGAGCUCAAGGCCGCCGUCGAGAGCGCCGAGAAGGCUUUCCCGGCCUGGAAGGCCAUGAGCGUUUUCGCCCGCCAGCAGAUCAUGUUCAAGUUCGUCGCGUUGAUUCGCGAGCACUGGGACAGGCUGGCGGCCAGCAUCACCCUCGAGCAGGGUAAGACCUUUGCCGACGCCAAGGGUGACGUGCUCAGAGGCUUGCAAGUGGCCGAGGCGGCUUGCGCAGCCCCCGAGUUGCUCAAGGGAGAAGUCCUUGAAGUGGCCAAGGACAUGGAGACCAGGUCGUACCGCGAGCCUCUGGGUGUUGUCGCCGCCAUUUGCCCUUUCAGUAAGCGGGCUUCCCCGGGCGUUGUCAACGUCAUCCACGGUGCCCACCGCGCCGUCAACUUCAUCCUUGACGAUCCCACGAUCAAGGCCGUCAGCUUCGUCGGUGGCAACAAGGCCGGCGAGUACAUCUUCUCUCGAGGCUCCGCCAACGGCAAGCGAGUGCAGGCCAACCUCGGAGCCAAGAACCACGCCGCCGCCCUCCCCGACUGCAACAAGAACCACUUCAUCAACAGUGUCGUCGGUGCCGCUUUUGGCGCCGCCGGCCAGCGCUGCAUGGCGCUGAGCACCCUCGUCUGCGUUGGCGAGACCAAGGACUGGCUCCCGGAUCUCGCCGCCAGCGCAAAGGCCCUCAGCGUCAACGCCGGUUUCGAGCAGGGCGCCGACCUUGGCCCCGUCAUCUCCCCGCAGAGCAAGGCCCGCAUCGAGGACCUCAUUGCCAGCGCCGAGCAGGAGGGCGCCACCAUCCUGCUCGACGGACGUGGCUUCAAGCCCGCCAACUACCCCAAUGGCAACUGGGUCGCCCCCACCAUCAUCACCAACGUCACCCCCGAGAUGCGCUGCUACAAGGAGGAGAUCUUUGGCCCCGUCCUCGUCUGCCUCAACGUCGAUACCCUCGACGACGCCAUUGACCUCAUCAACAAGAACGAGUACGGCAACGGCGUAGCCAUCUUUACCCGCUCUGGCCCCACGGCCGAGACUUUCCGCAGGCGCAUCGAGGCCGGCCAGGUCGGCAUCAACGUGCCCAUCCCCGUACCCUCCCCAUGUUCUCGUUUACCGGCAACAAGCGAAGCAUCGCCGCAAAAGACUGUCACUGCGUUGUGGAGGUCGGAUGACGCCCUCUCUAAGAAGGCGGACGUAGCCAUGCCCACCCAUUCAUAA